AUGCUAUUAAUAAAGUAUGUGAAUCCAUAAUAUUAUGAAAAUUUAAGACGAUUUAAAUACAGUGGUCAGAAUCUGUCGAUUUUAUAUAAUUGGAUUCUUGGAGAUAUUGCAUAAUGGUUGGUAAGUAAAUAAUUAUAUAAUUAAGGUUGAUUAAUUGCCAAGAACAGUAGCACCAAAUCUUAUUACAUUAACAGGAUUCUGUAAUUUAUUAACAGGAUUUGCUUUGAUAUUUAUUUUGAAUCCAAUGUUUGAUUAAGAUUUACCAUAAUGGGCUAGUUUAUAUUUAGCUUGGACUAUUUUUGUAUAUCAAACAUUAGAUAAUGCUGAUGGAAAAUAAGCAAGAAGAACAAAAUAAUCAACUGCUUUAGGAAUGCUAAUGGAUCAUGGUAGUGAUUGUACUGCAACAUGGAUUGCUGGAUUAUUAUAUAUUAAUGCUUUUAAAAUUACAUUUACACCAUUUAAUAUUUUAACAGCAAUAGGAGUAAGUUUUUUAAGUUUUUAUUUUGGUGUUUAUUGUCAAUAAUAUACAGGAGUAUUUUAAUUAGGAGUUAUUAAUGGUGUUGAUGAAGGAUUACCAAUACUUUAACUAUUUUUCUUGAUAACUGCAAUCAUGUCAUCAUAGUUUUGGCUUAAUGAAAUUUAACUCACAAAUACACUUUCAAUUCAAUAUAAUACAAUAAUACUUGUUAUAACUAUUAGUGCAUCCAUUGGUACUAUCAUUUAAUUUUGUUAUCCAGUUUUCAAAAAGAUGAAUUGGAAUGUUAUCAAAAUUUUAACAAGUCUCUAAAUACCUAUUACUUUAAUGGUAACAUUCAUAAGUUUAAUCUAUUUAUCCCCAACUUAAGUUUUAUUAAAAUGGUUCCAUAUUUAUGUUAUUACUAUUGGAUUAUAAUGGUCUAAAAUCAUUAAUUUAUGGUAAUUAGCGAUCAUUACUAAAGAAGUAAUUAUAUAUAUAUAUAUUUUAUAGACUUUCAGUUAAUUUUCUAUCAGUUGGGCCUUGAUUUUAGGUUCAAUUAUGUUAAAUUUAAUUUCACAAUUUAUAACUUCAGAUGGUCUUUGUUUUUUUGAUGAAGUCAAAUUGAUCUUUGUUUUGUUAGCAUUCUCUUUUUUAUCCUAUCUACAUUGUGUAAUAAGCAUAGUACACUAAUUAUGUGAUGUCCUAGAUAUUUAUGCAUUCAGCAUUAAAAACCCACAAUGAGUAAUAAAUUUAUAUAAUUAUCAUAUUAAAAAAAAAUGACUUUAAGUGAUAAUGUUAAAACUAUAUGGAAUUCUAUAACUUUUGGAUCUAAGUUUAUAUUAUUAGUAAGUAUCUUAUGCUACAUAAUCGACUAUUUC